GCUUCAGUCCUUCCACAGGUGCUGAUUUUACAAUUGCGCUCCCUAGGAGAGUCUUUUCUGUGUUUGAGACUGGGUACUGUGUGUAGUGGUCUCUUGAAUGAGAUGGACAGGCAUUGGUGAAGGAGAUCAGCAGAAGUGCCCUGGAUGAUGGAGACUUGGAAACCAAAUUGAACCUUGAAAGGGAAGAUAGAGUCCGGGACAGAGGUCUCAGAGUUCACAGAGCAGAAGACAGGAAGUUGGGCUUGCAUUUUAGAGUCCCCGGGGGAUAUGGCAACUGCAGGGGAACCAUCUUUCAUUUGGUGAGGCUGGGGUGAGGGGUGUGUUGAGAAACUUCUGUUAAACAUAGGGCCAUGAGGUUUAGGCUCAAGACCCCAUCAGCCAGUUAACCAGUCAUCUUACUAGCUUGUCACCGUAAGGUGAGGUUCCAUCAGUAGCUGUAGGAAGCCAGCUACAAGACAGCAAAUGGCAGGCCAGCUAGAAGUGUUUGCUAUGUUGUGCCGCUUAAACUAAAGCCUCAGGAUAGCUGGGCCUUCCAAGAGGAGGAAGUAAAGGUUCAGAGAGGCUCUAACCUGCUCAAGUUAACACAGUUUGUAAAUGCUUUGGAACUUGAAUUAUUUCAGGAGAGUAACUCAGUUUACCAUGUAUUUAAGGACAUUGUAAAAGAGGAUGAGAUUUUGAACUAUUUUCCCAGAAAGUGGUCAUCAACAGUUUUCAGUGAUAGAAGUGAUUAUCAAAUGACAAUUUCUUGCUCAAAGAACUAGACAUAAAUUUUCUUAUAUCUUUGGCAUUUGUCUCUGAGUAGAUUAGAAAAUGACCAGGCCUUUAAUCCCAGCACUCGGGAGGCAGAGGCAGGUGGAUCUCAGUGAGUUCGAGACCAGCCUGAUCUCCAAAACUAGUUCCAGGACAGCCUCCAAAGCCCAGAGGAAAAAAAAAAGGAAAGAAAGAAAGAAAACGACCUGGAUAAGCAAAUUGUUGCCUUAAUGAGUUUCACUAAAGCUGUUUUCAGAAGGAAGAUGGAAAGUGGCACAGUUUUGCUGGAAUCCAAAUCUUCACCGUUGCAUCUUCUUCAUGAGAUGCAUGAGCUCCGACUUUUGGGCCAUCUUUGUGACGUCACAGUCAGUGUAGAGUAUCAGGGUGUCUGUGAAGACUUCAUGGCCCAUAAAGCAGUGCUGGCAGCCACCAGCAAGUUUUUUAAGGAGGUGUUCCUGAACGAGAAGAGAGUAGAUGGUACCAGGACUAAUGUCUGCUUAAAGGAAGUUCAGGUUGUUGACUUUGCUUCAUUUCUGGAGUUUGUCUAUACUGCCAGGGUGCAGGUAGAGGAAGAUCGGGUGCAGCGGAUGCUAGAGGUGGCUGAAAAGCUAAAGUGUUGGGACCUGUCUGAAACAUGCUUUCAUCUAAAGAAGCAGAUGCUGGAGUCAGUCCUUUUGGAAUCACAGAAUUUCUUUGUGUCUCAGGAGGUGGAGGCCAGCAGUGGCCCCCAUGUGAGUGUGACCCCCAGCUCCAAAGCAAGCAUACCAGGGGAGGAGGCUCACUCCAGUGGCCUUGUAGAUACCUCUGACUAUCUGAUAGAGAGAUUUGAUAAUGACCUCUUGCCAGAAAUGCCAUCCAGGAAGUGCAAGGAGAAACUGGACAAGAAGAAAGAUGUGGCUAAGCCUCCCUACCCUAAAAUCAGAAGACCUAGUGGGAGGCUGGCUGGAAGGAAGGUGUUUGUGGAAAUCCCUAAAAAGAAAUAUACAAGAAGGCUCCGAGAACAGCAGAGAAGUGCGGAGGAAGCUGCAGAGAAUGACAGGUGUUCCCAGAACCAAAGUCCAGACACUGAAAGGCUGGAGACAGAGCCAGCUUCCAAAAGUGAGGCUUGCUCUAGUGGUGUGAAACUGGAGGAAAGCCAGCAGAAAGUAGAGGGGGAGAAGGAGGAGGAAGGGAAGGAUGGGGAGAAGAAGAGUAAUUUCCGGUGCACAGUGUGUGAGAAGGCCUUCCUGUAUGAGAAGAGUUAUCUGAAACAUAUCAGGCACCACCACGGUGUGGCCACGGAGGUAGUGUACCAGUGUGACACGUGUGGCCAGACCUUCGCCAACCGCUGCAACCUGAAGAGCCACCAGCGCCAUGUGCACAGCAGCGAGCGCCACUUCCCAUGCGAGAUGUGUGCAAAGAAAUUCAAGCGUAAGAAGGACGUGAAACGGCACGUGCUGCAGGUGCAUGAGGGUGGUGGCGAGCGGCACCGAUGUGGCCAGUGUGGCAAGGGCCUGAGCUCCAAGACUUCUCUGCGGAUGCAUGAGCGCACGCACACGGGCGACAGGCCCUAUGGCUGUACCAAGUGUGAGGCUAAGUUCUCACAGCCCUCAGCGCUCAAGACCCACAUGAGAAUUCAUACAGGGGAAAGACCUUUUGUCUGUGAUGAGUGUGGUGCAAGAUUCACUCAGAACCACAUGCUGAUUUAUCAUAAAAGGUGCCACACAGGUGAAAGGCCUUUUAUGUGUGAGACAUGUGGCAAGAGUUUUGCUUCCAAGGAGUACUUAAAACACCAUAAUAGAAUCCACACUGGAUCUAAACCCUUUAAAUGUGAAGUGUGUUUGCGGACCUUUGCCCAGCGGAAUUCCCUUUACCAGCAUGCUAAAAUCCACACAGGAGAGCGGCCUUAUUGUUGCGACCAGUGUGGGAAGCAGUUCACCCAGGUAAAUGCCCUCCAGCGCCACCAUCGAAUCCACACGGGAGAGAAACCCUUCAUGUGCAAUGCGUGUGGAAGGACAUUUACUGACAAGUCCACUCUCCGGAGGCACACCUCAAUACAUGAUAAGAAUACGCCGUGGAAGUCUUUCCUUGUCAUUGUUGAUGGCUCACCCAAGAAUGAUGGACACACAGAACAACCCGAUGAUGAAUAUGCAUCAACCAAACUUUCAGAUAGAUUACUAUCUUUUGGCGAAAAUAGCCAUUUUAACAACCUAUUGGAAGUUCAAAGCAAUGUGCCUGCCAUGCAGGAGAAUAGUUCUACAGACACUGCUUGCAAAGCAGUGGUGUCUCAGGAUGCUCUGCUUACCACCACCAUCAACGAGCUUGGUGAGCUGACUCCACAGCCAGGCUCAAUGACCACACACCUUCCCUCGUUGACCAAUAUGGAGUGAGAGCUUCAAGCUGUGUGCCGAACAGUCUGUGUGAUUGCUGUAUUCCAGGUGAUGCCAGGGGCUGAGAAAAAAAGUUGUCUGUGCAAAGAUAGAGGCAAGACUGGCCUUGAAUAUUUCCCCAAACUUCCGUGACCUUGCACGUCUGUUUCACACUUAAAGCUUUUCCAUAAACAUUAUGAUCUGCAUGAUCUCAGCUAUAUUUCAUUAACAAACAUGGCAGUUAACACAACUCACUUAGCCCUGGUGUAGCUAUACGUGUCAAUCACACUUAUGCUUGAUGUCUAAACCACUGCUUGUCUUAAUCACAGAGUACAUAGCAUUGACCCAACUUAGGAAACUGCUGUCUGCGGUCUCUUGGUCUCGCCCUGCCUUAUACUUCCAUGUGUAUUUACUUCACUCUGAUCCUUUUGGGGAACUUUUCUACAAAGUUAAAGUAAAACUGGGGCCAUAUUUCAGCUGUUUCUUCCUUACUGAGAUAAAAGCAAAUAAGAUUGUUUUGGAGACAUUAAGAUGGUACUGAAGAUUGCUUUUGUUCCUCCCCAACCCCCUAUUUGUAUGCACGAAAAGAGGAAUGACAAAUUGAACAUUUUCAGUGUAGUACCUCAGCAUGUGUGCAGGCAGGGAGUCUGUCGUAAAGUCCAACCUGGGAUGAGAUGUGGCCGUUCAAUUUCAUUCCCUAAAUCAGAUUAAUAGAAGCUGUCCUACCAAAGAAUCUAUCAAAACAGUUGUCUCUCUCGUUUGCAGAGGUGUGAGAAAUGAAGAGGAGGCAUCAGAGCUUUUGACUAGUCACAUUUUCACAACCAGCAUGUUGAGUGAGCCUGACAAAUCUCAAGUACUUCUGCCAGACUUUUCUAUAAUGUUCAGAGUCCCCACAGCACCCAUUUCCACAGUGCAAGGUGACAUAGACUAGUACUUGCUACAAAUCCACCUCUUUAGAAGCAUGUAAGAAUCUAGAGCAGUGGUUUUCAACCUGUGUGUAUUGACCCCUUCGGGGGUCAAGGGACCCUUUUCAUGGGUUUGCAUAUUAUAUUUACAUUAUAAUUCAGAACAGUAGCAUAAUUACAGUUAUUUAAAUAGCAACAAAAGUAACUUUAAGGUUGGGGGUCACCACAACAUGAGGAACUAUAUUAAAGGGUCGAAGCAUUAGGAAGGUUGAGAACCACUGAUCUAGAGGGUACCAGAAGCCUUGGCUUGCUCAAUUCCUAUGCCUUAACAAGUGGAUAAAAGAACGGCAAAUGUCUCAAAUGUUCCUUGGCUUUCUCAUGCAGAAUUUUAAUUAUUGCUCAACAAACUUCACUAUGGGAAACGUAUUUUGUGGCAUUUGCUAUUCCUGAUGUAUGGUUGUAGGGCCUUGGAUAGGUGGACAUUGGCCACCUAUGACCCUUAAAAGCAUUAAUUUUAUGAGCGCCUUAAUGGGAGAAUUAUUCUGCUUUCUAGUUGUUUUUCCUGUUUUGAACUUACUAAGCUUGCUGUGAGAACACUCUGGUUUCUAAGAUGAAGGUACCUUAAGUUCAGGGUGAAGAAGACAGCAUUAUACAAACUAAGGGUUUUUCCCCAGUGCCAACUUGUGGUAACACCUUCAAGAAGCUGUUGAAGCCACCAAAAGGUGUUCCAGGCACUUGUAAUAUUUCAGACUUGCUCUUGAAGGUUCAGAAUUGAAUUAUCUCAUUCAGUUAUGACCUGGCUAUCCUAAUUGUGUUUACAGACAAAAAAAAAAAAAAAAAAAAAAAGACUAGUGACUGGCACAUGACCAUUUUAACUGGUAAGAGCAAACCCGCCCAGCUGAUAAACUGUUAUGGAAUAAAGUCAUCUAGAUGAGAAGGAAUUUAAACAAUAGAUUAUUUUGUUACCUAUUGGGAGAACUGUCUUGAAUUUGUUUCUUUAGAAGUUCUAAAUAAAAUUGUUUAAUGUGUUAA